AUUUCGUGCAACUGCAGUCCCACUUGAGUGCCUUAUAACACGAAGCAUAUCGGCCUGCGACUCGCAACUCUGUCGACUGUCGCCAACGAGAGCCCUCGUGCCCCGCUGUAGGUCACAUUCGUCAGCCAGUUGCCUACGCUUCUCAUUCAUCAUCUGCGAUCCUUCAUCUUCACAACCACAUCGCCAUCACAAAUGGGUCUCAGAAUGGACGACAUACACGAACCGACCGUGGUGCCAUCUGGUCCGACCUCGCAGGGCCCGUCGAGCAGCGCAGCGCCCAAGCAGACCUUGAAGCAACUCAUCGAGCAGAAAGAGAACCUGGAGGCCGAGCUGUCCGCCCUUGGCUCAGUACUGGACUCUCACGGAGUUAACAUGCGGACUGGCCUUACGACGUUCGAUGGAUUUCCUCGCGCCGAUAUCGAUGUUCCACAAAUCCGCACGACAAGAGCAAGGAUCAUACGUUUGAAGAAUGACCACAAAGCUGUCAUGGCGAGAUUGGAAGAGGCGGUCCACGAACAGUUUGCGGCGGGCAGGACACCUCAGACGAGCGGUCCUAGCAGCUCAAUCACAGGGUCCAGCCAGUCAAUGGCUAGUCGGCCAGCAGCUCCUGUCGUCGAGCCGCCAUUCGCCAGGGUGAAUACCGUCGUUGCAGGCAGUCCGGCAGAGGAGGCCGGCCUGCAGGUGGGCGACAAGGUCACCAAGUUCGGCACAGUGAACUGGACGAAUCACGAGAGACUCAGCAAAGUGGCUCAGGCUGUGCAGCAGAAUGAGAAUCGAACGAUUCUAGUCAAAGUGCUCCGCGAGUCUGAAGGCGCAGUGUCGACCUCACAUGAGCUGCAGUUGACACCGCGGCAGGGCUGGGGAGGUCGAGGGCUUCUCGGCUGUCACUUACUACCGUUGUGA